AUGGUUAUUUCUGAAGUGGUAAAGCCACUGAUUGCUCCAGUCUGUAUGGCUAUCUUCACAUUUUUUACCAGAAACGAUGUUGACGCUGCUAUCCUAGAAGAGUUAAAGACACAGGUUCUGUGCUUGAACUCGUUUCUUGGAGAUGCUGAAGAAAAACAGGUUUCUAACCCAGGCGUGAAAAUCUGGGUUGAUGAACUCAGAGAAGCUGUCUAUGAUGCAGAUGACGUUAUGGAUCAGCUUGCUGCCAAACAUUUGAUUGGAUCAACGAUAGUACUGUCUAAGGUAACUGACUAUCUUAACUGCAUAAUAGAACCCUUCGAUGAAGGCAUGAAAUCUAAACUGAACAGAAUAAAUUAUAGGUUGAAAUCGUUAGCUCAUAAUAGAUCUCUGCUUGGUCUCAAAGAAGGUGGUGGAACUUGUUUGAUAAAUGAAGCUGAAGUAUACGGUAGGGAUGGUGAUAGAGAUCACGUUGUAGAUACUUUGUUAUCUGAACCAACUUGUUUACCAAAUGUCAUUGCUGUAGUUGGGAUGGCUGGGAUGGGGAAGACAACACUGUCUCAGAUGGUGUACCAUCAUUCCGCUGUGAAGAGUAAUUUUAAUGUUAGAUCAUGGGUUUAUAUAUCAGAUGGUUCAAAUGUGUUUGAAGUAACCAAAAAAAUUUACGAGUCACUGACUUAUUGCAAUUGUGAGAUAAGAGACUUGAACACGCUUCAGAUGAAACUACAACUUGUGUUGCAUAAUAAAAAAUUUCUGCUAGUUUUGGAUGACUAUUGGACCGGGGGGUUUCUUGACUGGGACCUCCUAAAGAGACCCUUAGAAAGUGGGAAGCAUGGAAGCUGUAUAAUAGUUACCACACGGAAUAGAAGUGUUGCGUUGACUAUACAUGCAGCUGAAACCUACAUGCUUCCACGUCUAGAAGACGAGGCUUGCAGGAAGUUAUUUACUCACCAUGCAUUCAGAAGCAAAGAUCCUGAGAAAACUCCUGCCUUAAAGGAUAUCGGUGAGGAGAUAGUAAAGAAAUGCAAAGGUCAUCCUUUAUCUGUGAAAGCACUUGCCAGUCUCUUGACUUUCAACGCUGAAGUUAAGGAUUGGAACGGUGUGUUGCAAAGUAAGGUGUUGAAUAUUCCAGCUAAUCAAAGCAACAUUCUACAUUCCUUAAUGUUGAGCUACAGAUAUCUCCCUGGACAUAUGAAGCAAUGUUUUGCUUACUGUUCCUUGUUCCCUAAAGGUCACAAGGAAAGUAAGAGGAACUGCAUCCAUUUAUGGAUGGCUGAGGGUCUUCUACCAGAGUCAAAAAAUGAAGAAACAACGGAAGAGGUAGGAGAGAAAUAUUUCAAUGAAUUCUCAUCGAGGUCUAUUCUGCAGGUCGAAAAUUCAUUGUUUUAUAUGUAUGACCUUAUGAACGACCUAGCACAAUACGUUGGGGGACAAUUUUUUCACAAGAUGGAGCCCAAUGAUCAUCAAUCCCAGAACAAGGUUCGGCAUUUAUCAUACUUGUUGGAGGAGUUUGAAGGGGUAGAGAAAUUUGUAUCCAUCUUUCAGCUUCCACAUCUUAGAACUUUCCUACCAUUUGCAAACUAA